CUCUGACACUAAAAGAUUGCUUAGCUUCUGCUAGGCCCUUGGAUGAAAAACUAAACCAUAACUUACAACAAAUUGUACCCGUAAAAUAAUAAUAUUGUGACAAACGGCCCCACUGCCUUCAUUUGUUAAUUAUUUUAAUUAAUUUUUAAUAAGUCUAGUUUAUCGAUUCCUUCUCAAACGCUCAACCGUUAAACAUCUUUUCUGUUUUUAUUUUGAUAAGCUAAAAGAUGUCUCAGUCUAGUCCGAGUAUUUUAAACAGUCUGAUGAGAUAUAGGUUCCAGAGGAAGGUUCAAUUUAAUAAUAAUGAUUCUCUAUCACAACAGAGCGAGCAAAGCCAAGAGACAGACACUGAUUCCUACGCAGGAUCCAGCACAGACACAGACUCUGUCAUCAAACCUGUUCAGAUCGGCAACGGAAACAUGAUCAAUUCAGAAAAUCAGAGUGAUGCUGCAAACAAUAUGGAAAGUGUUUGGAAGAAUCUAGGUGUUGGUAAAAGGCUGAAAAAUAUUACUGUUAGCGAGGUGGUGAGUGUUAAGCAGGAAGAUAGAGUUACUCACGCGAUAUCCGACUCUGAAGAUGAGAAUGAGGAUAAGAACGGUCAGUCCGUUCCAGUGGAGGAAGAUGAUGAUGAUGAUGAUGUUAUCUUUGUAUCUAACCCUCGGUCUCGAACUCCACGUCCUAUCAUCUUGUCUGACGAUGAUGAUGAUCCUCCAGUUAAUUCAAACAACCAGAAUUCUUUUUGUUCCGAGGACACUAGUUUUAAGAAAGAACCAGAAAUCUUUAUCGUGGAUGACGACAGCAACAGUGUAGAAAUCAUUGGUAGUGAUUCAGAAACUAAACCAAAUGUCGAGACUACACAAAAGCAACAGGAAACCCAAGCUGAACCCCAAGUAAACGGCAAACGGAAAGCUACCUCAGAAUCGCCUAGACCAAAAGCUAAAAGAAGAAGAAAGAGAAAAAAGAUUAAUUCAGAUUCAGAAGAUGAGAACUCACGAGGGCCCAGAGUGUUUGACAGUGAUGCGGACACAGAUGAGGAGAUUUCAGGAGAGAUGACCGAGUCUCAGAGUAAAGUCUUCAACUUCUUCAACACGGCCACCGAAGGGGAGCUGAAGCUUGUGCCAUCUGUGACAGUCAAGAAGUUAGAAGCCAUUCAGAAGUUUAGGCCUUUUAACGGCUGGAAAGACCUAGUUACUAAGUUCCAAACAGAGAAGUUCCUGAGCACUAAUCUGUUGAACGGAGCACAGCAAGUGUUGGAGGCUCGGGGUGCUGUGUCCUACUUGAUGCGCAAGUGUGAAAAGAUCGCACAACGCACAGAGAACGCAAUCGCAGCCGGCUCUCACAGUAUUACUCAACAGCCUUCCAUCCUCAAUCCAGAGUUAAAACUGAUGCCGUACCAGAUGGUAGGACUGAACUGGCUGAAUGUGAUGAACCUGCAGAGGCUCAGUGGUAUCCUGGCAGAUGAGAUGGGUCUGGGCAAGACUAUCCAAGUGAUUGCCUUCCUGGCACAUCUCAAAGAGACAGGCCAGACCGAGGCCAACAGUCCUCAUCUAAUCGUGGUUCCUGCAUCCACGCUAGAGAAUUGGUGUAUAGAGUUUGAGAAGUGGUGUCCCUCCUUGAAGGUGGAGCAGUACUACGGCUCACCUGAGGAUAGAAGAUGGCUGAGACAUGCCUGGUUCAAGGAUGGAUUUCUCGACACGGAAGUGGUGUUAACUACGUACAGCAUGGUUGGCAGUUGUUACGAGGAGAGAAAAAUGUUCAGAGUCAAACAUUUUCACUAUGUCGUCUUUGAUGAAGCUCAUAUGUUGAAAAACAUGAACACACAGCGAUACGAGAAUCUCAUUAAUAUCAAUGCCCUCCAUAGAAUACUGUUGACUGGGACGCCUCUACAGAACAAUCUACUAGAACUCAUGUCUCUCUUGGUGUUUGUCAUGCCUGACAUGUUUUCUGGAAAAUCUGAAAAUCUCAAGUUCCUAUUUUCAAAAAAUCCUAAACAAAAUAUUGAGGAUGCACCUUUGUUUGAGCAAGAACAAGUACGGAGAGCCAAGCGAAUCAUUCACCCCUUCAUUUUAAGGAGGCUUAAGCUGGACGUUCUGAAAGAUCUGCCGACUAAAACAUCAACAGUGGUGAAAUGUGCGAUGGAGGAAGACCAAGCUGCUAAGUACGCAGAACUUCUAGAAGAGGCUCGAGACGACACUGGCCGAGAGAUCAACUCCAUGACAAUUAUGAUGAGGCUGCGCAAGAUGGCAAAUCAUCCUCUCACUCUGCGAUAUCAUUACCAGGAUGACAUGUUGGCAAAGAUAGCCCAGCUGCUGUCUACUGACCCUACAUAUAAGGAGAAUGACCCAGAAAGAAUCCUGGAGGAUCUACAAUGGAUGUCAGAUCACCAAUUGCACAAACUUGUCAAGGUGCACAAGUGUCUGUCGGGUAAUGAACUGCCUGAUCCUGUCCUCGUCCUCAGUGGUAAGUUCCUCAAACUGGACGAGAUCUUGCCACCGCUCAAGGAGACGGGACACAAAGUUCUCAUCUUUUCUCAGUUUGUGUUCUUGCUGGAUAUAAUGGAGGAUUACAUGCGAGUCAGACAACACAACUUUCUUCGCUUGGACGGCUCCACGCCUGUUUGUGACAGGCAAGACAUGAUUGAUGAGUUCAACGAAGACGAAUCCAUUUUUGUUUUCUUGCUGUCAACCAAAGCUGGUGGCAUCGGGAUAAAUCUGACGGCUGCUGACACUGUGAUUAUACACGAUGUAGACUUCAACCCUUACAACGACAAACAGGCAGAGGACCGUUGUCAUAGGAUGGGACAGACCAGACCUGUGACUAUCAUGAGAUUUGUGAGUGAAGGGACCAUUGAAGAGGCGAUCUUGAGGAUAGCUCAAGAGAAACUGCAUUUAGAAAGAGAAGUUACUUCUAUUAAAGAUGAUGAAGUGAUGGCAACCAUCGACGUUGCACAGCUGUUGAGAGAAAGUUUGGGUAUCUCCAAAGCCUCCUGACCCUCGCGUGUGCGCUGCACGGUCACUCAACCUGCUAGCACGUCCGUGCACGCUACAACAGGGCAAACGUCUGCGGACUGUGAUAUUAUUGAAUUGCUGUGAGUCAACGGUGCUACUCUUUGACCCGUUGUAAUUCCUAAGGGUAUACAUGUAAUUAGGGUUUUAUGAUGGAAAGCUGAAAGGUUUAAGGAGUUCUGAAAGGAUAAAGUUCAGAUAGUUUACUCAAGAGAGGAGUACAAGAGUUGAUAGAUACUUAAUACAAGGUCACAUUUACAAAAUGCAGAACCAGAAACGUUUGGCUAGUUCCACCAAGUUAAAGUAGGCUAAAUAAAAAUCUGAAGACAACACAGAAAAACAUUACGAACGUUAAACAAUUAGCUUCAAUAAGUGAUCAUUUGAUGCCAUACCAGCAGAAGGCGAUUCCAAAGAACCACAUUUUCUCCUUAUGAGGGACAAAUUUAAAAUUAUUGUAUUAAAGGUGACAUAAUGGUGGCACAGUUGCCUAAUCGAGCCUGCUUUCUAAAGCAAACGAGAAAGAAAGUUCACAAAAAUGACACUGGUAUUUCAUUCUCAGAUAGGACUUUUGGAGAGUAGUUUGAAGAUAAAUUUGUGAUGAGAUCAAAGCUUGAGUCAUUUUAGUUAUCUUUUUUAAACAUGUAGAGUACCGGUACUUUGGUUUAGAGUUUUAGUUUUAGUUAUUUUAGUUGCCAUCUUGAUUGUUUUCUUUUUCUUUUUUUUUGACGAUUGUCAUGAACUUUGUACUUAGUUUUAAUGACAAUAAAGCAUUUCAUUUCAAGUAUAUUGGCCACUAAAGAAAAAGCAUAUAUUUACAAACAGAAUGUAGAACAAAAGAUGUUUUAUGUACAGGAACAUUUAAAAAAGGCUAACUAAUAAGGUUGAAGAUGUUUUCAUAACUUGAGGUUAGGAAGACUUUCGGAGCCUGUAAUGUACUGGUAGUUACAACGUAACCCGUGUUUUUAAGAUAGGACUUUUCAGAGAGCAUAAUAAAGAAAACAUUAAAUUUAAACGACUAUUUUUCUUGACUCUCUAAAGAAGUUCUAUAUUUUUAAAAAUCUUAUGGGACCUUUUAUUAGGUAUGUUUUAACCACUGGACACUAACUUUCUGAGGUAAGCUAGUUCAACUCUA